UUACAGGAAGUAUUUAUAUAGAAGUAGUAAAGGUUUGGAAGUUAUUUUCAGACAAUGAUCUGGGCACAUCAAUUUCUGUCUGAAAGAACAACUGAUUGGAAAACGCAAAAGACAAUGUUGUCCACAAAGUACACAGGCUUUGUUUGAUGAAAGAUGAGGAUAGAAUGGGAGUUUUACAUUCCGAAAGACGUUAGAGACGGAAGUCCUGAAUGUGAAACUCAUGGGAGUGGACAUAGCCUGUCUGAAGAGCUAAAGAGGGGGGGGCUAUGUUUUUGUUGUAAAACAAAGGGCCGAUUUUUAACAUUCCUUUUUCGAGACCCCACGAGUGGACUUUGGCUAACUUUUCGCCCCCCAUCUCCAACUAGGUCCCCCACCUGCUUCUAUCCAAAGCAGCCUCUUAGCCUGCGCAACUCUCUUUCUCUCUCUCUCAGCUCAGGCGAAGACAACAGUCAAUCAGAAAGCAAAAGAACCCCACAAACUCUUAGUCCUACUUAGGUCCAGACCACUUCGCAAAAAAAAUUUAACUCUCUUUCUCUCUAUAUCUAUCUCCUCUCUUUCUUUCUGUUGAGAAAACAAAGAUGUCUUAGAGAGAAGAAGAACAAAGAGAAAAGAUAAGGUUGAUGAUGGAUCGACUUUGAAACCAAAAAACAAAAACAUUUUAGUAUAAAAAUAAAAAUCCAAACCCCUUUGUAAAACCCGGAAAAUUACCCCACCAAAUGGAACUUACAGAUUUGCAAAGCAACAAGCAAAAACACAGCAACAGCAGCAACAACAACAACAGUAGCAACAAUUCUACAGAACCCCACCAUCAGUCUUCCCACCACCACCUUCAUCAUCACCACCACCACCACCACCUCCAACAUCAAAAACAGUCACUUUCUCCUCAACUUGUGGUUCCUUUUGAUGGCACCAGAUCUUCUGGUCGCGCAGGCAACCCUUUUAAUAUGGGCUCCAUCUCUCACCCCCACCACCAUCAUCAUCUGCUUCUUCAUCCUGCUUCUUCAACAACUACGACAACCACAACGCCGCCUCUCUCCUCUUCUUCCUCCUCUUCUUCUUCAGCUUCUACCACUACAACCAACCCGCCUCAACUCGUUGACGCCUCUCUCGCUAUUGCCACCAGAUCUACUUCUGUCAACGUCGAUUCCACAAAGAAGAAUCAGCCAAACUUGCCACUUUCAUCGACGACAACGACGACGACGACGACCGUAGCUAACCCUCCAGUGAAACGCUCCACAAAGGACCGCCACACGAAAGUCGAUGGUCGAGGCCGCAGAAUCAGAAUGCCAGCUACUUGUGCGGCUAGGGUUUUUCAAUUGACAAGAGAAUUAGGUCACCAAUCUGAUGGGGAAACAAUUGAAUGGCUUUUACAACAAGCAGAACCAGCAAUAAUAGCAGCCACAGGAACUGGUACUAUACCAGCCAAUUUUUCAACGCUUAAUGUUUCGUUAAGAAGUAGCGGAUCCACGCUUUCAGCUCCACCUUCAAAAUCUGCUCCUCACUCGUUCCAUGGUGCUUUAGCUUUGGCUUCUCAUCAUCAUCAUCACCCUUAUGAAGAAGGGUUUGCUCAUAGCUUGUUGGGUUUUCACCAUCACCAGCAGCAACAGCAACAACAACAACAGCAGCAUCUUUUAACAGCAGAUCAAAUAGCUGAAGCUUUACCUGGUGGCGGUGGAGAUAGUGGAAAUUCAAGUGAGAAUUAUAUCAGGAAACGGUUUAGAGAGGACCUGUUUAAGGAUGAUAAUCAGCAACAAGGUGAAAGUGGUAGUGGCGGCGGAGGUGGAAGCGGAGACGGAUCCCCUAUUAAGGCUUUUAAAAGCGGUUUAAGCCAAUUGCCUAAACCACAACAAGAUGCUGGAUCUUCGGGCCUACUUCGACCAUCCAAUAUUCUGCCUGCCACUGCCAUGUGGGCAGUGGCACCGGCUCCUAGCAGUGGAGCAGGCAGUACAUUUUGGAUGCUGCCCGUGACUGCUGGUGCUGGUGGCCCGUCAGUGGCCACGGGUGCAUCCGGGGCUGGUCCAUCUGAGCCCCAGAUGUGGCCUUUCGGAACACCAGGUCCAGCAAGUGGGAAUACAUUGCAAGCACCCUUGCAUUUUGUGCCCAGAUUUAAUCUUCCGGGUAGUGUUGAAUUCCAAGGUGGUAGGCCGAGUCCUUUGCAAUUAGGUUCGAUGUUAAUGCAGCAACAACCUUCUCAGCACCUUGGCUUAGGAAUGUCUGAGUCUAAUUUGGGCAUGUUGGCUGCUCUUAAUGCCUAUUCUAGAGGUGGUUCGAACAUUAAUUCGGAGCAAAAUAAUCCACUGGAACACCAUCAACACCAGCCUCAAGGUACAGAUAGUGGAGAUGAAGACCCCAAUAAUUCUCAAUGAUGGAUUCCGAGAAUUAAAUGUACAAGAGUUGAUGUGGACAACAGGAAGUUUGUGAUGAGCUGAGUGCAUGAAACUUUGUUAGUGGAUUUGUCAUCUGGGGAGAUAAAAGAAAAGGUUCUGAUUAGGUCCCAUUUGGUAGCUUUGUUUGUCCAUUUGAUUUUAAAUUUUUUUCCCAAUUUUUCUUAGCUAGAGUCGAUCGAUUUGGAGAAGUUUGAGAGUUUGUAAUUUCAGUUGUGGUCCGAAGGGGGACCUGAUAGGGAACAGGAAUAUGAGAGAGAGAGAGAGAGUUGCUUGUAUAGGAGGAUAUUUGUUUGUGUUUGAUUACAGUGUCUAUUACUAUUAUUUGCUUUGUUUGUAUGAGGAAUUUGGAAAACAAAAAAACAAGCGAAGGGAAUUGAGGGAAAAAAAAAAACUCAACUAUUUUUGCUAUAAUUAUUAGUUUGACAUGAUUUGUUUUCUUGUUCCUUUCCUACCUUUCUUCAAAGAAUCUAUCUCUUUCACAUUGGCAAAAUGCAGAAAUGAACAGAAAGGCAUUAGCUUAUCAUUUCUAUUAAAUGAGGGUGGAUAGCCUG